AUGUUUUUCAUCCGGCAACUCCAGCGCGAGAUCUCAAUCCACCCGUCGUUCUUCGGGAGGGAUAUGGAGGACCGGCUGAAAGAUGAGUUGUACAGCUCUAUGGAGGGUACCUGUAAUGGCGAAUACUACAUCAUUUGUGUCAUGGACAUCACAAAUUUAUCAGAGGGCAAGGUAAAACUCGGUCGAGGCGAGGCCAACUUUGUCAUUGAUUACCGCGCCAUUGUCUGGAAGCCAUUCAAGGGCGAAACGGUCGACUGCGCGGUCGUUAAUGUCAAAUCUCAAGGCCUCGUUUGCGAAGUUGGGCCGAUGAAUAUCUUUGUGAGCGAAAGACAGAUGGCCCCUGAUAUGAAAUACAACGGAACCGCCACUCCUCCCAAUUAUUCAAACAACUCAGGCGACACGAUCGAAAAGGGUUCGGCGGUCCGUGUGCAGCUGAUGGGUUUGAGAAGUGAUGUUGGCAGCAUGUUCGCCAUUGGAAAAAUGAAGGAUAAUUGGUUUGGGUGA